AGAAUUGUAGUUUAACAGCGGGUGUGAAGAGAAAAAAGGAGGUGUAUAUUCGAAGCUCCCUACAUCUAGGCGUGCUCACCAUACGCAAUGCAUUUCUACCUUGUUUUGGCACAGAAGAAACCAGAAAAUUCUAGCCUUCAUCUGAUCAAUUUGGCUCCUAAAGGUGCGAAUUCUCUCUAUAAACAGUUGUUCACUGAUUCUUACCCUCUCAUCUCUCUUUCCAACCCUCCAAGACUCGAUUUUUUCAUUGUUUUGCCUGGCGAAAUCUGUUGGUAUGUCAUGAUUGCCUGCAGACGUUGAUUACACAAUUGGGAUUUUGUUGCUUCAUCUUAAUGUUCAGUUAUUUGUUGAAAGGAUAAGGUUCAGGUGGUUAUUUGGUUGAUUCUUGAAGUACCCAAUUCCCAGUUUGAUGAGUUCUGGCUUGGUUUGAUGUUCAAAUUGCACAUUUUAUGAGGUAACAAUUUGAUUACCAAUUGAUGGUGGUGAAAUUUUGAAAGGGUUUUUUGUGGAUUUGGGUAUUUGUGGUGUUACACCCAGAAAAAGUUGCUUUAGGGUUUUCUAAGCCCUUGGUUUGUCUGAACUUUGUAUGUGCUGUUGAUCUGAAUUGAGUUCUCAUUUUUAUUACACAUUGGUGCACUGUGUGCUUAUUUGGAGAAGGGAUUUAGAUGGGGAAGCCAAUUUUGUAUGAGAUCCUGGAAAAACCUGCUACAAGUUGUGUUAUAGCAAUGUGCACUGCAAUUUGGUUGUAUAUACAGAAGAAAAACAUCGGGUAUUCACACGUGGGGUUAAGUUACGAAACCGCAAUUGAAGGGCACUAUUGGAGGAUAAUAACGUCUGCAUUUUCCCACAUAAGCAUCAUUCAUCUUGUUUUCAAUAUGAGUGCACUUUGGAGUCUUGGAGUUGUGGAGCAGUUGGGGCACAUGGGAUUGGGGACGGAGUUUUACCUCCAUUACUCGCUUGUGUUGGUAGUGGUAUCGGGUGUGCUAGUUUUGGGAGCUUACCAUGUUUUGAUCCAAAAGUUCAAGUUGGAGUAUUUUCGGAGAGUGACAGCCAUCGGGUAUUCGUGUGUUGUUUUUGGCUGGAUGACGAUUCUGGCGGUGAAGCAACCCUCUUCCAAGUUGAACCUCUUUGGGUUUCUUUCUCUUCCAAUUAGUUUUGCACCAUUUGAGUCGCUUAUCUUUACUUCAAUAAUUGUUCCUCAAGCAAGUUUUCUGGGCCACUUGUCUGGAAUUAUUAGUGGUUAUGCUAUUGCUUGGGGUUUGAUUCACGGGAUGAACAAUUAUUGGGCAGUUUCUAUGUUGGGAUGGAUCAUAUUUGUGUUUGUGUUGAGUUUGAAGCGAUCUGGUGCAUUUCAUUUCAACUUUCUUGAGAUUGAGUCUGUUACAGACCCAUCAUUGCCUUCUAUGCGGUUUGCUUCAGGAAAUGGUAGGACAUUGCAAAUGAGUUCAUUGCCAGUUGUGGGUGUCAAUCUUGCGUAGCUCAUGUUCAAAACCUAUUGCUUGUGCAAGCAUGCUCAACUUGGGGGCAUCCUGUAUUUCCUUUGUGCAUUGUUCUUCGCUUGCAAUUGCGGGAAUUUUCGUGGAUCAUGGAAGAUUUCCAAAUUUGCAGCUAUGUAUUUUCAGACGGUGCUUUAGCAACUAAUUGGAUUGUUCAAUACACGCUAUUCUUACAAGAAAGUGGUAUCUAGAGGUACUGGUAAUUACUUUUUUCAUGUUUCAUUCAUUGUACUAGAUGCGGGUUUCUGUUACGUAUAAUUUAAAAUUUAUGGUCCGUACAAGUCCAAUGGACAUUGUUUGAACAUGAUCUCUUCCCUUAAUGAAAUAGCAAUUUUCCUGUGGAUGUCGACACAA